UUUGACAGUUAGCGGCGCCAAUUUGCGUUCAAUUUCAUUUAUAUUUAUUGUUUCCAUAAAAAUACACAAAAAUGAGCGAGGAAGUUGAAAAACAAUGUCGAAUGCCAUGGGUGGAGAAAUACCGACCAUCAAAACUGGACGACUUGAUAUCGCAUGAGGAAAUAAUAUCUACAAUAAAUCGCUUCAUUGAACAGAAACAGUUGCCACAUUUGCUCUUCUACGGCCCACCAGGUACCGGUAAAACCAGCACCAUUCUUGCCUGUGCCAAACAACUCUACAGUCCAACACAAUUUAAAUCUAUGGUGUUGGAGUUGAAUGCCUCAGAUGACCGUGGCAUAGGUAUUGUGCGUGGACAAAUUUUAAAUUUUGCCUCAACACGCACCAUUUUCAGCGGAUCUUUUAAGUUAAUCAUAUUGGAUGAGGCGGAUGCUAUGACGAAUGAUGCACAAAAUGCAUUGCGUCGCAUCAUUGAGAAGUACACGGAAAAUGUGCGUUUUUGUGUUAUUUGCAACUAUUUAAGUAAAAUUAUACCAGCACUACAGUCACGUUGUACGCGUUUCCGUUUUGCGCCGCUUUCGCCCGAGCAAAUAUUACCACGAUUGGAUAAGAUUAUUGGAGAGGAAAAGUUAAAUGUCACUGAAGAUGGCAAGAAGGCUCUAAUGACCCUCUCAAAAGGUGAUAUGCGCAAGGUACUCAAUGUGCUCCAAAGUACUUCAAUGGCAUUCGAUGUCGUUAAUGAGGACAAUGUAUACACUUGUGUGGGUCAUCCACUACGUAGUGAUAUAGAGCGUACGUUACAAACGUUAUUGUCCACAGAGGGCUUCGAGGAAGCUUAUGAUGAAAUUCAACGCAUAAAGUCUGUACGCGGCCUCGCUUUGAGUGAUAUUCUUACAGAAUUGCAUUUGUUUGUUAUGCGCUUGGAAUUACCGCCAGGCGUAAUGAAUAAGCUAGUGAUUAAAAUGGCCAGUAUUGAGGAACGUCUUGCAAAAGGCUGCACUGAGGGUCCACAAACAACUGCAUUGAUUGCAGCUUUCUUUAUCUGUCGCGACAUGGUCUCGCUAGAGAGUUGAAUACAAGAAUGUAUCACUAUAGUCGUUGUGUCUUGAAGAUGGAUAUAUUUUUCUGAGUUAUUUUUUAUAUUAAAAAAAUGUCAAGUUUCCCGUAUUUUUCGCAAGUCAGUACUGUCAAGGAAAUAAAAUUUAAGCAUCUACAAAGUUAACACUUUGAAGAUAAAACAGACA